AUGGAGGAUGAUGCAAUCUCUAUUAUGCUCUUUGGUACAAUUCAGUUCUGGAAUGUAAAGAAUAAUGUCGUGUUUUAUCUUGUUCAUCUCCCAUGUGCGAUUGAUGGAUACAUGAAAAAUGGGAAGGUUUGGGACGCGGUUGACCUGUUUGAUAAAAUGCCUAAGAGAGAUGCUGUUUCCUGGACUGUGCUGAUUGGCGGGUUUGUCAAGAAAGGUCAGUUCGAGCAAGCGUUGGAGUGGUUUCGAGAGAUGCAGCUCGCAGGAGUGGAACCAGAUUAUGUGACUAGAAUUGCUGUAAUCGUGGCGUGUGCAGAUUUGGGAACGCUUGGUCUAGGCUUGUGGAUAAAUCGUUUUGUUAUGAAGCAAGACUUUAAAGACAACGUUAGGAUAAGUAACUCGUUGGUUGAUAUGUAUUCUCAAUGUGGUUGUAUUAGUUUUGCUCAUCAAGUAUUCGAGAGCAUGCCCAAAAGGACAUUGGUAUCUUGGAACUCAAUGAUUGUGGGCUUUGCUGUCAAUGGGCAUGCAGAGGAAGCUCUCGACUUCUUCAACCUGAUGCAGAAGGAAGGCUUCAAGCCAGACGAGGUCAGCUUCACUGGAGCACUCACCGCUUGCAGCCAUGCUGGUUUAGUCGAUGAGGGGCUCCAUUACUUUGAUAACAUGAAGAGAGUUCACAGAAUAACACCCAGAAUCGAGCAUUAGUGCAUUGUCGAUCUCUAUAGCCGUGCAGGGAGGUUAGAAGAUGCCUUGAGUGUAAUAGAAAACAUGCCGAUGAAGCCAAAUGAAGUGGUGUUGGGUUCUUGGUUGGCUGCUUGUAGAACCAUUGGGAACAUCAGUUUAGCUGAAGGAUUGAUGAAGUACCUCUCUGAGGUUGAUCCUAGCUUUGAUUCCAACUAUGUGCUCCUAGCCAAUAUAUAUGCAGCUGUUGGACGGUGGGAUGGUGCAAACAAGGUUCGAAAGAAGAUGAAAGACCUCAGAGUGCAUAAGACACCGGGAUUUAGUUCAGUUGAGAUUGACUGUAACAUUCAUGAAUUCGUGGCUGGUGAUAAGUCCCAUGUUGACACAGAGUGUAUAUAUUCAACCCUAGAGCUUCUCUCCUUUGAGCUCAAAUUAUGUGGGUAUGUUCCGGAAAACUUUGCGACAGAAUCGUAUGAGUUUGAUUGAUACUGUAGUUGUAGGUUAUUCGAAAAUAGAAUGUACUUUUGCAACUACUUGCGAAGCCCCAAAAUCAGUCUUGUCUACAUAUAAUUUCGGAAGUGAUUUCGUACACCCUUGUUCUA